UCCGGUGUGAUUGUGAAACAUAGCGCGAAAUUCAAUAACAACCGCACUGAAGAUAAACCGAGGGAAAACUGCUGUUGCAUGACAAGCUAUACCUUGGUUAACCUUCCUUUUACGUAACAUUGUUUUAUUUCACACAAACAGCAUACUAACACACCAUUAACCCUCAGUAAGUGUUUUACAACGACUCGAACAGGAGCGCCUUUACGGUAGAGAUGAAGGAGUUAGAGCAGCUCACUGUUUCUGGGUAACAAGAGGAGAACAGCUGCGUUUAAGGGGGGAGCCGAGGAAUCUUUUCAUAACAGCCAUCCUCGAGGGCACAAGGAAAAUGAGAAGGAGCCUGGCCCCCAGUCAGAUUGCCAAACGGAAGCAAACAGACGAUUCCAGUGAAGAUGACGAAUGGACGUAUAAAACUGAGAAAAAAAAGAAAAACGAUAAAGAGAUAAGAGAGAGCCAUAUUUCCCCCUUCAGAAAGCCUCUGACACAGCUGAACAACCGACCCACUUGCCUUGAUGGUGAAAAACACGAGGCAUUUAUUCGAAGUAUCCUCUCGAAGCCGUUUAAAAUCCCUAUUCCAAACUACACAGGCUCUUUGGGAAUCAGGGCACUUGGUCUAAAGCGUGCUGGAGUAAGAAAGGCACUUCAUGAUCCCUUUGCUGAAGAUGCUCUCGUCCUUUAUUCACCUCCAACCCUGAGCGCACAUGACCUGAUCAAAGCUGACAAAGAUAAAGUACCAGUCCAUGUUGUUGUGGAUCCAGUAUUGGGAAAAGUUCUCAGACCCCAUCAAAGAGAGGGGGUGAAGUUUCUGUGGGAGUGUGUGACAGGCAGACGUAUCCCUGGAUCCUACGGCUGCAUCAUGGCUGAUGAGAUGGGUUUGGGGAAGACUUUGCAGUGCAUCACACUUAUGUGGACUCUUCUACGCCAAAGCCCUGAUUUUAAGCCAGAGAUAGACAAGGCUAUUGUGGUUUCACCUUCCAGUCUGGUACGCAACUGGUACAAUGAAGUUGGGAAGUGGUUGGGAGGACGUGUCACACCAGUGGCCAUCGAUGGGGGUUCAAAGGACGAAAUCGAUAGACAACUAGUGAACUUCAUCUCUCAGCAUGGGUUAAGAGUACCAACACCAAUCUUGAUCAUUUCAUAUGAGACUUUUCGACUGCAUGCUGAGGUUCUACACAAGGGCAAAGUCGGUCUUGUCAUCUGUGAUGAGGGACAUCGACUGAAAAACUCAGACAACCAAACGUACCAGGCUCUCAAUACAAUGAGUGCCCAGAGGAGAGUCCUGAUUUCAGGUACUCCUAUCCAGAACGAUCUGCUGGAGUACUUCAGUCUGGUCCACUUUGUUAAUGCUGGGAUCCUUGGUACCGCACAGGAGUUUAAAAAACGGUUUGAACUGCCCAUCCUCAAAGGACGAGAUGCAGAUGCUUCUGAUAAAGACAGACAGACAGGAGAGGAGAAACUCAAAGAGCUGAUCAGCAUCGUCAACAGGUGUUUGAUUAGGAGAACCUCUGAUAUCUUGUCUAAAUAUCUGCCUGUGAAGAUUGAACAGGUUGUGUGUUGCAGGCUGACUCCACUGCAGAAAGAGCUGUAUAAACGCUUCCUAAGGCAAGCAAAACCCAUCGAGACAUUACAAGAGGGAAAAAUCAGUGUCUCCUCCCUGUCCUCUAUCACAUCACUUAAGAAACUUUGCAAUCAUCCUGCUCUUAUCUAUGAGAAGUGUGUGGCAGGUGAGGAGGGCUUUGAGGGGGCCCUGGAUUUGUUUCCACCUGGCUACAGCACUAAAGCUGUGGAGCCUCAGCUUUCUGGGAAAAUGCUGGUUCUUGACUACAUCUUGGCAAUGACAAGGAGUACAAGCAGUGACAAGGUGGUUCUUGUCUCAAACUACACUCAAACACUGGACCUCUUUGAAAAGCUAUGCAGAUCUCGAAGAUAUCUCUAUGUCCGACUGGAUGGCACCAUGUCAAUCAAGAAAAGGGCCAAGAUUGUGGAAAAAUUCAAUAGCCCAUCUAAUCCAGAGUUCAUCUUCAUGCUGAGCAGUAAGGCUGGUGGAUGUGGCCUGAAUCUUAUUGGUGCUAAUCGCCUGGUUAUGUUUGAUCCUGACUGGAAUCCAGCCAAUGACGAGCAGGCAAUGGCUCGAGUGUGGAGAGACGGCCAAAAGAAGACCUGCUACAUCUAUAGGCUACUCUCUACGGGAACAAUCGAGGAGAAAAUCCUUCAGAGGCAGGCCCAUAAGAAGGCACUGAGCAGUUGUGUGGUGGAUGAGGAACAGGACGUGGAGCGUCACUUUUCUCUUGGAGAACUCAGAGAACUGUUCACUCUCAACGAGGAGACCACCAGUGACACACAUGACAAAUUUCGCUGUCGCCGCUGUGUGAAUGGCAGGGAGGUUCGGCCUCCAGCAGAUGACUCUGACUGCACCAGUGACCUUUCCCAGUGGAACCACUGCUUUGACAAGAAAGGCCUCAGGGACCAAGUGUUGAAAGCCUCCUGGGAUGCUGCUGUGUCUUUUGUCUUCCAUCAGCGCUCUCAUGAGGACCAAAAGGGUGUAUUAUAGCAAGAGGAACAUAUUUCCAUGUGUACUGUAAAUAGUGGUAUUUAUUUACUGUUUAUUUCUGUUGAUCUUCUUUUGUAUUGACAGAAAAAUAAAGGAGAAUCAUUGUUGUUGUAGUCAUUAAAAAUGCAAA